AGGUUCACCUCCUCCACCACCGCUCCCUCCAUCCAGUAGAGCACCACCUCCACCGUCAUCUUCUUCACUGUCCAGAGCUCCACCUCCUCCACCUCCACCAAAUCGUGGACCACCACCAACAACAAUGCCUGGAGGCACAGCUCCUCCACCACCUUUAGGUGGUCGAGGCCAACCUCCUACUGGAACGCGAGCUACUCUUGCUCAUUCUCCCCAUGUACCUCUUGGUGGUGCUCCUUUUCCUUCACCAAUUGGAACUGAUACAAGAGGGAAAGGUCGGGGACUUGGACGUCCUACUGGGGCUGGUGCCAUGGGAACUCGGAAAUCCUCCUUAAAGCCUCUGCAUUGGAGUAAGGUAACAAGGGCAUUGCAAGGAAGUUUAUGGGAUGAACUACAAAGACGUGGAGAGCUUCAAAUAACACAAGAGUUUGACGUUUCAGAGAUAGAGAAGCUUUUUUCUGCAAAUGUUCCAAAACCUGCUGAUUCAGAUGGUAAACCUGGCGGGCGGCGCAAAUCUGUUGGAUCUAAAGCUGACAAAAUCCACUUGAUUGACCUAAGGAGGGCCAAUAAUACUGAAAUUAUGCUCACAAAGGUUAAGAUGCCUCUUCCUGAUAUGAUGGCUGCAGUACUGGCUAUGGAUGAUUCAGUGUUAGAUGUUGAUCAGGUGGAAAAUCUCAUUAAAUUUUGUCCAACCAAAGAGGAGAUAGAGCUUUUAAAGGGAUACACCGGUGAUAAGGAGAAUUUGGGGAAGUGUGAAAAGUACUUGACUGUUUAUGCAGUUUUUGAUUGUUGCUUCUCCAAGAAUGUGUUGGAGGAAGAGGAGUACAAGGUUUAUGUUGGGGGGGUCGUGGCUCAGCUACAGGAUCACUAUCCGGAUGCUUCUUUCAUGGUGUUCAAUUUCAGAGAAGGGGAUAGGCGCAGUCGAAUUUCAGACAUAAUGUCUCAGUACGAGAUGACAGUUAUGGAGUACCCUCGGCAAUAUGAGGGUUGUCCCCUUUUGCCUCUGGAGAUGAUUCACCACUUCCUUCGGUCAAGUGAGAGCUGGUUGUCCUUGGAGAGCCAACAAAACGUGCUUUUAAUGCACUGUGAAAGGGGUGGUUGGCCUGUACUUGCGUUUAUGCUAGCUGGUCUUCUGUUGUACAGGAAACAGUACAACGGGGAACACAAAACUCUUGAAAUGGUGUACAAGCAAGCACCCAAAGAACUUCUCCACCUUCUAUCCCCUUUGAAUCCACAACCUUCUCAUUUGAGAUAUCUUCAGUACAUUUCCAGGAGGCAUUUGGGUUCUCGAUGGCCUCCAUCAGAAACACCCUUAUAUUUAGAUUGCAUUAUUCUCAGGGUCCUUCCUCUGUUUGACAGAGGAAAAGGAUGCAGACCGGUUGUGCGUGUCUAUGGUCCAGACCCUUCAAAACCUUCCAACCGAAGUUCUAAGCUUCUUUCCUCCACUUCAAUGGGCCAAAAUCAUGUUCGCCACUACUUGCAGGCAGAAUGUAUGCUCGUGAAAAUUGACAUCCGUUGUCAUGUUCAAGGGGAUGUGGUUCUUGAGUGCAUACAUUUAAGUGAUGAUUUUGUUCGUGAAGAGGUGAUGUUCAGAGUCAUGUUUCACACUGCGUUUGUACGGUCAAAUAUAUUGACGCUGAGCCGCGAUGAAAUUGAUAUUCAGUGGGAUGCAAAGGAUCAGUUCCCCAAGGACUUCAAAUUUGAGGUGCUUUUUUUGGACGCUGAUGCUGUUAUGCCUAAUCUAAACACAGUCGAUGCGAGUGACACAGAAUGUGCUUCACCUGAGGCUGAGGAAUUCUAUGAAGCUGAAGAGAUCUUCAGCAGUGUAAUUGAUGUACUGGAAGGUAAGGGAGAUUACGAUUUUCCAAUGGUUCAUGACAGUGGAGUGGAUGAUGGAAGUCAUAAAGAGAUCUGGAAAGAGUAUUCAGAUCCUCAUACUUUUCUGGAUUCCGUGUUAGAUGAUGGGAUUAACCAACAGGUUGAUGAUGGGAGGUACAAGCUUGACAAGGGGGUGGUUUUAGAUACUCAUGCUGUCAAAGAUAUUGGAGUGGAUUAUGGAGUAACUUUUAUGACAAAGGAAGUCACUCUGAAUGCUCUUGAUAAAUUAGCAGUUAAGCAAAACAAAUAUGGCGAAGAUAACAACAAAACGGAACAAGACUUAGAAUCAGAACUAGGGCUGCAGGUGCUUGAUAUUUCCAGACCAAAAUCUGAUAAAUUACUUAUUUCUUCUGAAAAGAAACAACUUCCUUCAAACUCAAAGCCCAUGCAAGAACCGCAUGGUUUUCAGGCAAAUUAUGCAAAACCCAAUGUAACAACUAGAUCGGUUCCUUCUAGUAAGGGUUCUCUUCAAGAUUCCAUUAAUUUCUCACAUCCACCAUCAAGGAACAAUAGUUCACCACUAACAUUGUCAUAUGUUACCUCUGAAAACAAGGAAAUCAUUGAUGCAAAAGGAAACUCUACUUCUAGUUCUCAUGUCUCUGAAGUAAUUGCUUUUAUGGACACGAUAAACGACCUGAAAAGCUGUGAUGGUGAUAACUCAAUUUCUUCAGACGCUGUACCUGAAAUAGGCUCAAACUGUCCAGUCAAAGAGACAUCUCUUCAGUUAGCUAAUCAAGCACCACAACAGAGCUAUGAUCAAAUGUUACAACUUCAUCCACCUCCACCUCCUCCUCCACCUCCAAUUUUUGGACAAAAUACCCAUUGGAAAUCUGUUGGACCUCCUUCUCCUCCCAUUGCAAAUGGUGUAAUUCCAUCAAAAGUUUCACUAGCACCACCACCACCACCUCCUCCUCCCCCUCCUUUGCAGUCUACAAAUGAACCUUCGCUUCCUUCUACCUCAAUCUCUCCAACAACGUUUAAAGCUCCACCUCCUGCACCCCGACCACCACAUUAUCCUUCACCUCCUUUAAGUAAAUCUACACCACUUCCUCCGCCUCCUUUAGGUACUGCUCCACCAGCACCACCACCUCCUCCUCCUUUAAGUGCUGCUCCACCACCGCCACCUCCUCCUCCUUCUUUAUCCAGAGGUUCACCUCCUCCACCACCGCUCCCUCCAUCCAGUAGAGCACCACCUCCACCGUCAUCUUCUUCACUGUCCAGAGCUCCACCUCCUCCACCUCCACCAAAUCGUGGACCACCACCAACAACAAUGCCUGGAGGCACAGCUCCUCCACCACCUUUAGGUGGUCGAGGCCAACCUCCUACUGGAACGCGAGCUACUCUUGCUCAUUCUCCCCAUGUACCUCUUGGUGGUGCUCCUUUUCCUUCACCAAUUGGAACUGAUACAAGAGGGAAAGGUCGGGGACUUGGACGUCCUACUGGGGCUGGUGCCAUGGGAACUCGGAAAUCCUCCUUAAAGCCUCUGCAUUGGAGUAAGGUAACAAGGGCAUUGCAAGGAAGUUUAUGGGAUGAACUACAAAGACGUGGAGAGCUUCAAAUAACACAAGAGUUUGACGUUUCAGAGAUAGAGAAGCUUUUUUCUGCAAAUGUUCCAAAACCUGCUGAUUCAGAUGGUAAACCUGGCGGGCGGCGCAAAUCUGUUGGAUCUAAAGCUGACAAAAUCCACUUGAUUGACCUAAGGAGGGCCAAUAAUACUGAAAUUAUGCUCACAAAGGUUAAGAUGCCUCUUCCUGAUAUGAUGGCUGCAGUACUGGCUAUGGAUGAUUCAGUGUUAGAUGUUGAUCAGGUGGAAAAUCUCAUUAAAUUUUGUCCAACCAAAGAGGAGAUAGAGCUUUUAAAGGGAUACACCGGUGAUAAGGAGAAUUUGGGGAAGUGUGAAAAGGCUGCAGUACUGGCUAUGGAUGAUUCAGUGUUAGAUGUUGAUCAGGUGGAAAAUCUCAUUAAAUUUUGUCCAACCAAAGAGGAGAUAGAGCUUUUAAAGGGAUACACCGGUGAUAAGGAGAAUUUGGGGAAGUGUGAAAAGUAUUUUUUAGAGCUGAUGAAAGUGCCAAGAGUGGAGUCAAAACUUAGAGUAUUCUCUUUCAAAAUUCAGUUUGGGACUCAGAUUACAGAAUUUAAGAAGAGUUUACACACAGUCAACUCUGCUUGUGAAGAGGUCCGAAACUCAUUCAAACUAAAGGAGAUCAUGAAGAAAAUUCUUUAUUUGGGUAAUACAUUGAAUCAAGGAACAGCAAGGGGAUCUGCUGUUGGAUUCAAGUUAGACAGUCUCUUAAAACUAACUGACACUCGUGCUUCAAAUAGUAAAAUGACACUCAUGCAUUUUCUUUGCAAGGUCCUAGCUGAAAGGUUUCCUGGACUCCUUGAUUUUCACCUUGACCUUAUUAGCUUGGAAGCAGCCACUAAGAUACAAUUGAAGUCAUUAGCAGAAGAAAUGCAAGCAAUCAUCAGGGGAUUAGAAAAGGUCAAACAGGAGCUGGCUGCAUCUGAAAACGAUGGCCCAGUGACUGAAGUUUUUCGUAAGACAUCGAAGGAAUUCAUUGCUGUUGCAGGGUCAGAGGUGGCAUCUGUAACAAACCUAUAUUCUGUGGUGGGAAGAAAUGCAGAUGUACUUGCCCUAUAUUUUGGUGAGGACCCUGCCCGCUGUCCUUUCGAGCAAGUUACUGCAACUCUCUUGAAUUUCACAAGGUUGUUUCUGAAGGCACAUGAAGAGAAUUACAAACAAACAGUGUUAGAGAAAAAGAAAGCUGAUAAAGAGGCUGAAAUGGAGAAGGCUAAAGGCAUUAACUUCAUAAGGAAGAGUGGAAAAGAUGAAGAAGAAAGUUGAGAAGGUGGCUGAAGUGUAGAAGACUAAGGGUAUUCACUUCAGUAGAAAGAGGGCAAAGAUAGUUGAAGACUUGUCUGCUCAUUUCCACCAACGUCAUUCUGAAGCUAAAGAGCAGAGAUCUACCAGUGGGUAGUAAGGGGACUGCUUCCGAUUUUGAGUUAAGUAGCCCACUUGGGAGAUCUUGGUGUGACAAUUAGCCUUUCAAGGUGAUCUAAUGAAGUGAAAUGGCACAUUCUUUCCAUCUAUGAACAUACAGAAAAGUCUUGGGAGUGGAUUCAUUGAUGACAUCUUGAAUCAAAUUUUUGUUGAUCAUUCACAGAAGAAUACUCGGGAAAGGCCAAUCUAGACCGAGCAUGAAUGCUUCUCUGAUCACUUGAGAAUCAUCGGAAUCCAGUGAAUGCCAUGAUAAUGGAUCUGAUCUUAAGAUUUAAUAAGAAAUUUUGAAGUCCGCCAUGCUUCUGCUAAAGUAGACCAGGCUUUGGUUUUUAAUCCAUUCAUUUGGCAUUUUUCCAUCAACUAAAGCCUAAUGUCGAACCAUGAAAAAACCUUGUACAAAGUUUGAAACCCUCAUCUCUGGGAUCAAUUCUUCUCAUGUAAAAUAGAACGUAGCUUCCCCUUCUUCCUUUUAAUAUAGAUUUUAGUAGACACCCCAAGAGCAUGUUGUAAGCUGUCAGGUUAAGAAAAGAAAAGAAUUAGAAAUAAGGUCUCUAUAUUGUAAUUGUAUGACAAGCCUGAGAUAGGAAUCCUAGUUUCAGUUUAUCUUUUGUAAUGAUACAUAUUAGUGAAAAAGCUUCUUGUUGCAUUC